AUGACAGAGUCUAGCAGUAUCUCCAUGUACCAUGCGGCGGUGCAUCACAUCUUCCGGAGAUGGGACGCAUACGAAGGUAUUCAGGCGGACAAUUUCUGGCUUUACCAGACAAGCGACUUUAUGACGGCGUCUCCAUCUUCUGCUACAGCCUCCCUGCUACGCUUACUGACUGGAAAUGACAUGAAAGGUGUGCCGGUCCUCUUUAUGAAGGCCCAGAGGACUGUUUUAUUUCUCCCCAUUAACGAGCGCGCCCACAAGACGCUUUCCUUGUUCACGGGAAGAUCUUCUGAAAACAUCGAGACAGAGGUAUUGCUAAUGGGCAAAGGCAAGCCUCCUCCAGGUCUUGCUGAAGCAAUGGAGCGGCUUAAAGCGUCCAAGACACGAACCCUUGGCGUUAUGUCUGCUGACAUUUCUAUUAUUGAGAAGAGCGGAAACAAGUUAAUGGAAGAACUCAGAGCGCAGAUUGCAAGCAUGCCAAACUUUUCUAUGAAUAUCGAUGUAACUGAACUUGCUCUAGAUAUUCUUUCCUUUAUUCCAAGUGGUUACCACAGCCUACUUCGCGCUGCCAGCCAAGAGGCCUUAUCAUGCUAUGGAAAAGUUUACAACGCAUUAGAGAAAACUUUCGGGGGUGGUCGUUGCUUGGAGUCCCAGCGGCGAACGAUGCUAGACGCCGCCAUCAAUUUGGCCUGUGGGGGCUCUGCAGACAUUUCCAAAGAGCUAUCUGCUGGCUCUGGUGCUCGAUAUAUCCAACUUACAGAGCAACAGCUUCUUGCUCUUAACAAGACGUCCCGGCUCACAGCCUCCGUGUCUCUAGUUAGCACAGCCACUAAAGACACUCUAGAUGACAGCCUGUCGACCGUCUUACGUAGAGCACUCCACGCAUCUGUGUUGGGGCAUAGUGUAGUCAAUGAGCUGCAAAUCGUCUCUGCAUCUGGACCAGAGCCUGGUCGGCUCGCCCUGACAAACGUAAUUUGCGCUGUCACACGGAAUGGCAUGACAGGAGCCGUGGCUAGAACAGUCGCUUGCGCCCAUAUAAGUAUUGCAGGAGCUGUACGGUCUGCUUUUGAGGCAGUUGAGCGAGUACACAGGGAGUCGUUUGAUCUGGUGAAAGAAAACACUUCGCUAUCGAGCCUAGCAGAGCAACUCCUUAGUGCGCGAGCCAACACCUCAAGCACACUUACAUGCAAGCGAACCAAUCUCUCCAUUUCUCUUUCCUUUGACAAGCUCGAGCUAGGGGGUGUUUGUGGGGCUCCCACGGGCGCUGGUGUUACAACGAAGGAACAAGCUCUGGAGGCACUUCGCUCUUCUGGGCUUGCUCCUCUCUGUCUUGGGCAAGACUCUCUUAGCAAAAGGACCGCAGAGACUAUAAUCACUGGCUCUACCCCGCUCUUCCUUACUACUGCUGCUCAUGUUACAAUUCCAGAUAAGGGAAUUUCAUUUGACAUUGUCUAUGGAGAUACUAUCCUUUUGGCACUCGCUCACUCCAAUGACACGCAGCACGUACUGACAGGGCCAGACAACAUGCGUAACUCCACAACUGCAUGUCUGCGAGGCUUCUUUAUGAUCACAGAGUCGGGAGAAACCAAGGCCGGUGGGUUGGCUACGUCUCUCACUCAACCUUCAGAGUCAUCUGAAAGCGAUGAAUCAUCAGAUGUGCAGGUCAGUGUUAUGCGUGAUCGCAAUAUAGAAGAGCGCCGGCAUGUGCGUCAGGAGCGUGCUAGCAGGCAAAAGGCUCUCAACGAGAGUCAGGCUCGCCUAGGGUUGGAGCUUAAGCAACGUAUAGAGGAACGGUUUCGUGCAGGACGACAGAAAUUCCGUAAGGAAGGUGUGGUGCGAGAGAUUGCUAUGGCGUUCUCCAGCGUCAACGACUAUCCGUCAGCGAUAGGAGGAGAUGAUUCAAUAAUCUAUAAGAUGACCACUUCUGACUCUCUCUUUAUUAUGAUUAACAGCAGGCCUGUUCCGAUUCAUCCGAACAUGAUUCAUAGCAUUAAGAUUGCUGGGACCAAUGAGGCCGGUGUUACUCUUAUAAGGAUGCAAUUGGCUGCUCCAGGUGUUGUGACUGGUAAGGCACGAGACAACUACCCUCAGCUAGAGCUGUAUGGCACGUCUAAUGUAUUUCUGAAGGAGAUUCUCUUUGAGUGUGCCGCAAGCAAAGCAGAAAAAAUAGUGGAAGAGUUGACCAAUCACUUGACGGCAUUCAGACAGAAGCAGCAAAAUGAGUUACAUAGAAAUGAGCCAAUCCAAAUUGACAUGGAUAUAGACAAUCUGAUGGGCGAGGCUGUGAAGAGCGCAAUACUGAAGCCAGAAACCAUCUCCCUGUUCCAGUCCAGCAAUCCGUACUAUUUCCAUCUCUCUAGCUCAAACCUUAACCAGCCUCUACAGGUACGGCCUAACAUCGAGCGGCAACGUUCUAAAGAGGGAGGAGGGCUACACGUCCAUGAGAAUGGUCUGCUGUACCUUUAUGGAAACCCCUCAAGGCAGAUAAAGAUCUGCUUGCUCUAUAAAAACAUUAAGACGUGUGUCUUUGAAAAGCUGCGGGAUUCCUCCCACAUCGCUAUCCUCUACUUCAUGUUUCGAACCCCAACAUCCAUAAAGCAGCUCAUCCUGGGAGAUCUUCCCAAGGGUGAGUAUGACGAGACUGUCCUUACAAAGCCACAGAACGGGAUUACCUUCUUAUGCAACUUUGAGACCGGCGUGAGGCUGAGUAGUGGCGUUAAGCCAAAGACCGACCGAGAAGAGGUCGAGCACGAGCGUGCAGCUGCACAAAACAUGCGAAAGGCAAACAAAAUUUACGACCAAUUUCUAUCGUGCAUGAACGACGCACUUCACGCCUAUGAGGAAAAGAAUCCUAUCUAUGCUGGUCAUUUGUUUAAGGUCUGUACGCGAGAUAGAAACUACCCAUCAUUCUUUGCUUCUUACCAAGGCAACCAGACAUUCCAUAUAUAUAAGAACAGGAGACUGGGGUGCAUGGAACCAAAGACCCAGUUCAUCGUUGCUGUGGAAGACUUAGACAUGGUGGUUUUCGAGAAUCUGAACUUGUAUCGCGAUUCGACAUUCCACAUGACUUUUCAUUACAGAGACAUACGCAUGGACCCUGUCACUAUCAGCUCCAUUCAAAGUAAGUAUGUUCACGAGCUACAAGACUGGGUCAAUGCAAUGGGUAUUAAGUACUAUAUUACUCCUGAGACGACUAAGUGGAAGGACUUCACUGCUAAGUACUAUAACAAGCGCGAGGACUAUGUUGAGUUCCUCGAGGGCGGUAGCUGGAACGCCUUCUUCAAGUCAGACUCAGAGUCCUCCUCUGAAGAGCAGGAUGAUGACAGUGAUGCUUUUCAAGAGAAUAGCUAUGAUGAGGACGACGAAGACGAUGAGAUCACGGGCUCAUGCGCGACAUCAGAGCCAGACAACCUGCAAGGAGACGAUGAAUUUUCAUCCGAGGUCAUUGACUUUGAAGAGGAGAGCGAGAGCGACCAUCGAGACUAUAGACGCAGACGUUGA